AUGUAUCUCACCAAGGCCAUCCCUAUCGCUCUUCUCACGACUUUGGCUACGGCAUCAUUGUCUCCCCACCUCGAAGCACGUGGGUAUACCGCAUGUCAAGACGCAGAGAUGGGGCUGGACAGAGCCAUUGCAGUUUUCACUUCACGAAGCAACGGGCUCGGCGCCCAACGACCGAAAGCGCUGCCGCCUCUUAUCCAACAGCUUAAUGCUGAGUCACAAACAAUUAAGAAGCUUUGUGCCCAAAUCACUGGGUUACUCGACCAGCAACACCAGGAUCAGGUGAAUGGUGAGAACAAGGCUGACAAGGAGGCUUGGCUUCGUAAGAGUGGUGGCCAGCACAACGCUUAA